CAGCGGGGCCCGGGGGGAGCGCAGAGGUGCGGGGAGGGAAACUUUCCUAGAAGUUGCCUGAGCUCCAUCUGCCCGUCAUGCCCAGAGCCUUCCUGGUGAAGAGGAGGACGCCGCCGCCGGCCGCCCGCAGCUGGGACGAGCUCCCGGACGAGGAGAGAGCGGACACCUAUAUCCCAGACAGCAUUGACUGCAUCCUAAAGUAUGUGACAGAGGACAGCCUGAGCAACAGCAGCAGUGGGGACCCUGCAGGGGACAGUCCUGAGAGGGGCAGCCAUGAGGUCACCAACACCAGCAAUGAUCUGUGUGAGGAUCUGGGUCACCCAGAAAAUGGAGGACAUAGUCAGGAGAACGCAGAAGAGCAACCUCUGGACCUUAAGCGAUCUGUCAGAUCAAAAGUCAAGGUCACCAGCGGAACGCUCAACGAGGAGCUCUAUAGCUGUGACAUCUGUGAUAAAGGCUUCCGCCUACAGCGCAUGCUCAAUCGUCACCUCAAGUGCCACAACCAGGUGAAGCGGCACCUCUGCACCUUCUGCGGCAAAGGGUUUAACGACACGUUCGACCUGAAGAGACAUGUGAGGACUCAUACAGGAAUUCGGCCUUACAAGUGUGACAUCUGCAAUAAAGCAUUUACCCAGCGCUGCUCCCUAGAAUCUCAUCUCAAAAAAAUUCACGGGGUGCAGCAAGGCUAUGCGUAUAAGCAGAGGAGAGACAAGUUAUUUGUCUGUGAGGAAUGUGGAUACACUGGACCCUCCCAAGAGGACUUAUACCUGCAUGUUUACAAGGGCCACCCGGGAAGCGCCUUUCUGAAGAAAACCACCAAAAAACUGGCAGCUCUUUUACAAAACAAAAUCACAUCUGUGCUCCAGGGGAGCCCAAAACCAGAAGACGAGAUGGAAUGAAACGCAUCAGGACCUUUUGUACAAAGUUUACAUGGCGUAUGAACUUUCAAUAUAAUUAUUGCUUAUUCUAUAACUUUUACAAAGGCGGAGGGAUUUCUACAUUUUAAUAAAAUGGACUUCUAAGUAAUGGAUUUAUUUGUCACACAGAAAACAUUUUUUUAUUUUUGUUUUUUUUUUAGCUAUAAAAUAAAAGGCUGCUUGCACUGUGGAAUUAUUCAAAUAUUCCUGAGUUGUGUGGCCCAGAUACUGGUAUGAUUGUAUAUAUUAUAUAAUAUAAAAUAGAUUUAUAGUCUAUGUAUGUACAUCUUUAACAACUUCUUUUUUUUAAAUACUUUCAUGUUUUUAUAUAUGUAAUAAAAUGGGUGCUGGUGCCUUUUAAUAAAUGUAAUAUUUACA